AAAAAAUGUGGGUCUUUCGUAACCCGAGGACGCGCACUGCUAGUUACUGACUGGUUGGCUGGUGUGCGCGCAUUUGGUCACUGAAAUUGGAUGGGAGCUGUGUGAAUCUGCUGGUGGAUUACAAGGAUCUUAUUGGGUAAUUUAGGUAACAAAAUGUUCGGCGUGGUAGUGGUGGGAAUUGGCAUUGCUGGCUCUGUGAGAAUUCGGGACCUCCUCAACCCACUGAAGUCCAGCCCCUCAGAGAGCCUGAAACUGAUUGGCUUUGUAUCAAGGAGGAAACUUGACCAGUUUAAUAAUGCAAAGCAGAUUGAGCUGGACGAAGCACUGCAAAGUAAAGAUGUUGAUGCUGCUUUUAUUUGUACAGAUAAUCAAAACCACGAAGAAAGUGUCAGGCAUUUCCUAGAGUCUGGUAAACAUGUCCUGGUGGAGUACCCUAUGGCAUUGUCGGCAGAUGCAGCAUACAAUUUAUGGAGACUUGCCGAGCAGAAAGGCAAAGUCCUGCACGUGGAGCACAUAGAGCUGCUUACAGAGGAAUAUAAACAACUGAAGAAGGAAGUACAGGGCAAAAAGCUUGUGGAAGGAGUGCUGCAUUUCACUGGAGGACAUCUAGAUGAGAACCUUUCUGGAUUCCCAUCGUUUAGUGGCAUUGCUCGACUAAGCUGGCUAGUUGAUCUGUUUGGUGAUCUUACCGUCACCUCAGCCACAAGAGAGGAACAAAAAGAAUUGAACUAUUCCAAGCUUACAGCAUGUUUCCUGACUGCUGAAAACAGACCGCUGACCUGGGUUGAAGAAAGGGCACCAGGCAUGAAACGAGAUAAGCGUAUCCACUUCUCUUUCACAACUGGCAUUCUGGACACAUUAACCCCAUCCAGCAGGGCAUCAGUAGGGCCAUUUAUGCAAGAUCAAAACUUAUUUGCAAAGAAACUUCUUGGGCAAGUAACAAGGGAGGAGCUGCUAGCAGAGAAGCAACGGAUCCUGAAGUGCAUUAACCUGGCUGAAGAGAUAAAGAAGAAGUGUGAGCAUUAAUGUGUUAGUACAGUAUAAAUAACAAUACUGUAUAAUUUGGAUGUCUGAACCAUACAUUCUUUACUGAAUGCUCAGGGGUAAACUUCUAUUUACUUUUGCAUACAUAAUAAUGUUGAAUUAUUACACAUGUGCAGUCAGUCAUAAAAAGCAGAAGCAUUUACUCACCAUGCAAAAUGAGAAUUUAUGAAUAUAAUAAAGGGGUUAUAGUUUCCAAAUUGUGUUCCAAUAGUACACAAAAAAAAAUCAGAAAUAGUUUUUUAUUUUUUCAGUUUUAAAAAUGUAUUCAUUUUGUCUCCCUCUCAUGUUUUCCAGUUGCAGCUCGGGAAUCCAGUUUCCUAACUCUAAACUGUUACAGUUUGACACUUUUGACUUAUUUAUUAACAUUGGAGAAAAACAUCACUGGCGAUGUUGCCCAUAGCAAUAAAUCGCCAAUAGGAUUUCGAACAGUCGCCUACUAGUUAGAAUACAAAAGCAAGGAUCUAAUUGGUUGCUAUGAGCAACACCAUCAGUAUAUCUCCAAUGUUAAUAAAUACCCCAUAAUAAAUAGAUGCUGGCAGGUCUCUGCACCAGUGUCUCUAUAUUCCACAACUUAAAGCUUUGAAAGAAACUAUGUAUUAAAUUUUAAACAGUAGCUCUGCAGUGGUAUUAAGUAAA